AGACGCACGGAAAGACAGAGUGAAAAAAAACAACCCGCAGCAUGUGGUUGAGGAAACUAUACUUCCUCUUUUGAGAGUGAUGGUCCGUUGAAAACGGGUACACUUUCUUGCCGGAACACAACAACCUGCUGAUUUUUCUGCAACGAGGAUGCACCUUUUUUGCGCCGUGCUACUUUUGGCCUCUCUGGUCCUUGGACGCUCUUCGUCUGCCUUAAAUAAAGUGUGGGACGAGUGGCAAAUCAAACAUGGCAAGGUUUAUGAUAACCAGACUGAGGUUGUAUUCAGGAGGGCAGUGUGGGAGAAGAACAUGCAGUUGGUGUUGAGACACAAUCAGGAGGCCUCGGCAGGAAAACACAGCUUCACCAUGGGGCUCAAUCAUCUGGCCGACAUGACAGCUGAGGAAAUCAAUGAGAGGAUGAAUGGCCUGAAGCUGGAGGAGCCUGUUAAUUUCAGCAAUGUCACUUUUAAGGAAGCGAGUGGUUUAUCAAUACCUCAGAGUGUGGACUGGAGGAAGAGCGGCCUGGUCAGCCCCGUCCAAAACCAGGGGUUGUGUGGGUCCUGCUGGGCCUUCAGCUCUUUGGGAGCUCUUGAGGGGCAGAUGAAGAAGACAACAGGUGUCCUUGUUCCCCUGAGCCCACAGAACCUGGUGGACUGCAGCACCAGAGAUGGAAAUCAUGGCUGCAACGGAGGAUACAUCUCUAAAGCCUUCAGCUACGUCAUCCGCAACGGAGGCGUAGACUCAGAGAGCUUUUACCCCUACGAACACCAGAAUGGGAAAUGUCGGUAUUCUGCCAAGGGAAAGGCCGGCUACUGCUCUAAUUUCCACAUCCUCCCACGAGGAGAUGAGAAGAUUCUGCAGGCCGCAGUAGCGUCAGUGGGGCCGGUCGCUGUGGCCGUGAACGCCAUGCUGCAAUCUUUCCAUCUCUACAGAGGAGGUUUAUACAACGCACCAGGCUGUAACCCAAAGUUCAUAAAUCACGCUGUCCUAGUUGUUGGCUAUGGCACAGACGGAGGACAAGACUUCUGGCUGGUGAAAAACAGUUGGGGAACUGCGUGGGGAGAAGAAGGCUUCAUUCGAAUUGCCAGAAACAAGAAUAACCUCUGCGGCAUUGCCAGUUUUGCAGUCUACCCUUCAUUGUGAAAAUGUGAUGCGUCACUUGAAUCAUCUCAUUAGAAUUAGGUUAUUUAUUCAGCAUCAGAGAGCAUAUGUUUGUUUUCAUUUUUAGUGACGAAACUGUGAAAAAAAGUUAAAAAUACUGCCAAAAAAUAAAGUGUUUAAAAAGCUAAA